AUGGUUUACAGUCAUCCAGUUAGGACUGUUUCCCAGUUGAAAUAUCUAGGUGUCAUCAUAGACAACCGCCUCAACUGGAUUCGGCAUUUGCAUCAUAUACACCAGAAAGUAGUAUCUCUUACCAAUAACAUGAGACGAACUACUGGCAUGUAUUGGGGCAUUAGACCAGACAUGUUGAAGAUCUGGUAUCGCACAAUAACAGCGAUGGUGAUUUUGUACGGGUCUUCAGCAUGGGGUAUUCAUCUCAAUGGAAACCUGAGAAUGAAACUCAGUUCUAUUCAGCGUCUCCAACUCCUCAUGAUUACUAAAGCUUAUAGGACCACUUCGACAGAUUCAUUGCAGGUGCUCGCUGGGUUACUACCAUUGGAUCUUGUCGUGGACAGGGAGGCUGCACAAGCACGGAUCCUACGCAUAAAGGAAGAUUUUAUCUUGUGGGGUACCAAUUACCGCGCUUGUGAUUACGAGGAUCAUUCCCCUCGUUCUCUAGGACAUCCGGCGGACAUAAAUUAUGAUGACAAAGUCACCAUAGUCACCAUAGAGUCCUUAAUUCCGGCUAGGCACGAAAUUUGUCUUUAUACGGAUGGUUCCAAAACGGAGCUUGGCACAGGUAGCGGCUUCUGCGUCAUGCGAGGCAAUACUAUCUGCUACACUUGGUCACAGAGGCUGUCAGAUUACAAUAGUGUAUUUCAGGCGGAACUUGUAGCAAUAAAGGCAGCAUUAGAUUAUAUUAAGCAAAAUCUAACAGGACCAGUCAGAAUACUGAGUGAUUCAACAUCGAGCCUACUGGCCAUUAAAGAACUCAACAGCAAAGCGGAUUCUGUCCACAUUAUUAGGGAUGCUCUACUUCAGAUUCCCGAGUCCCAACGACCGUACUUGAGCUGGGUUCCAGCGCAUGUAGGCAUUGCUGGAAACGAAGAGGCCGAUAGGUUUGCUAAGCUAGCAGCUAACGACUUGAAUAUGCCUGAUUAUGGCUUUAAGGUGUUGAUGGGAGAAAUUAUCCCACCAGAAUUGCAAGACAAGUGGAAACAAAUGGUAAGGCAAUUAUGUGAUCUACCUAAUAUCCAGAUACCUCGGUGGUAUUUUUGUGAUGUUGAUGAAGCACCUGAAAUACUGGAACUACGUUGUUUUUGUGAUUUAUCUCAAAGUGCUUAA